AUGAGUAAAAAUGUUGGUGGUGAUGGCGAUGAAGAAUUCGCUUGGUGGGAGAAACGAAUGAAUUUGCCCUCCAUGUCGCUUUUUGAGAACUCUUUGCAGUGCCCGAUUUGUAAAGAAUUGUUGGACAAUCCAAAAUGUAUUCGAACGUGUUUACAUUUCUUUUGUGAUUUGUGUAUUUCGAGAGAAUUUUCUUUUCGGAAUCGAUGUCCAGUCUGCAAGGAAGAAUAUUCAAAAAGUGAAAUCAUCAAAGUGCCAUUUGUAUCGGAUUUGAUGGAUCUAUACUCAAUGGCUCGGAGAGAUCUCGUUCAAAAACUAUCAAAUUCACAACUCGAAAAAGAAGAUCAAUUCAACAAUAACCAUUCCAUAGCUCCAAUUUCUGAAAGCCAAGAAUCUUUUGAUUGGUCCUUUCAAAGAUCAAAACAUUCCUCUCCCUCCUCCACUUCUUCCUCUUUCUCUAACAAAAUUCCCUCAUUAUGCUAUUCGAUAUUGAAAAACAAUCAGCUUAAAGAGUAUCUUAAAAAGUUCAACUUACCAACCAAUGGAACACGAGAACAAAUGAUUUGGAGAAUCAAAGAAUACAUUCUACGACAUAAUUCAAAUAUUGAUAGAGCGAAACCUUUUUCUGAGGAACAAAUUAUUUCUUCAAUCGUGAAAGAAGAAAGGGAGAGAGAACAGCUGAAAUCCAAAGGAACAGCUCACUCCUUUUUCUCUAAAACUCCAAAGAAAAAAGACACGAGUGUCUCUCCAUCGAGUGUUGACUUGUCUUCUGAAAUCAGUGAGGGUAAUAUUCAAUUCAAUGAACCAACAGUGUCACAUUCAAACAAAUCUCAAAGACUUUCCUCAUACCAUUCUGACAAAGAGGACCACAAUACAAACAAAGAUAACUCCAACUCUUCAUUCACAGCAAUAGUUCUUUCUCCUGAAGAUUCUUCCAUCAUCAUAUUAACUCCACCUUUUAAGAAUGAUGACACCACCAGCAGUGACGAUGACGAUAAGGAACGAGAAAGCAGCCAAGCCUCUUCUCCUCAAAUUCGCAAGAGAAAACAAACCCCCAAUGAUACUCCUACUGAAUGGAAAAAACGAUGCACCGUCAAAAUUCGAAGGAAAAACAUCCAGAAUUGA